GUUCCAGCCUGGCCAACUUGUCCACCGGGUGGAUCACAAACUGAACCUCAACCACCAUCAUCUGCACCUCUUUGCCCGACACGCCCCUUGCUCAGCUUCAAGCUUCGACACCGACCACGUUCAGCAGUCGUGACGUUGGACAACGCGCUCUCCCAAACGACGCAAAACAUCCCGCCAAAAUCCACACGAAGCAACCCACGUCGGACUACACCUCCUCCCGAACACCGGGACCGCGAUAUCUACAACCUCACUUCAACCUCACAACCUCACAACCACAACCUCUCAAACCCCCCCUCAACCUCACACCCACGACACAAACAAACAACAUGUCCCUAAACCAACCAACGCCCCUCCUCCUCACAAAACGCCUAACCUCCUUCCUCGCCUCAAACCUAAACACCAACCUCCACACAGCCCUCCUCGCGACCCCCUCAGGCCGCCUCCUCGCCCACGCCUCCCCGCAGCCCGUCUCCCUCCUCCGCACCCAGUCCACCGUCGCCUCCUCCCUCUUUGCCCUCCACGCCUCCGCGACGCCCGACAUCCCCGACGCGCUUCCCUCUUCGUCUUCGUCGCCGCCGUCGUCGGCGGGUGCUGCUACCGCAAACACAGCUACAGAAGAUGGAGCAUAUGGAGGAAUCGGGGGAGCAGGAGCAGGUGGGAAGCCCCUCACGAUAACAGUCCAACUCGCCGCCGGUGUCGUCGUCAUCCGGAGACUAAAGUGCGGAUUGCUGUUUGUCUGUAUCGGGCCCCUUGCCGAGAACAUGGAAGCUCAACAACCUUCUUCUUCUACCGACCAACAUCACCACUUCCACGCGAACGCGAAUGCAAACGGCGGCGCGGGCACAGGCACACCCUCCCAGAUCCCCGCGUCCCCCUCGGAAGCAGACAGUAUCCUCAGCCUUGGCGCGCAGACGACGACGUCCCUCGCCAGCGUCGGGAGCGUAAACACCGCGGGUGUCGUGGUUCUGCGGCGGCACGCGGAGGAGCUGGCGAGGUGGUUGGAUGAUAAGCUUGGGAGCUUGCGGGUUCCCGAGGAGGGUGUUGGUGUGGAAUGAAGCUAUUGUGUCGACAUUUUGGCUUCUUUUUGUCUCGGGUAGGAAACGACGGGGACGCUGUACGAAUAGGGGCUCUGAAAUCUGGAAGGAUGAGUUGAGGUUGCAUGGAAUUUCCACAUCGAAUUAUCAGCAGGGGACGAAAGGGCGGGAAGCAUCACAGGCGUACACGGGCGUUUCGAGGGAAGAUACCACCGGCCGAGAAUUCACUAACCAUUCAUCUUCGUAAUCACUCUGGCAUGUACAGAUAUCUUGCUCAUUA